AUGGCGCGUGGUGCAAACUCUCCUCCGCCUAACAUCCUGCCCAAAGUCUCCUUCGUGAAGGUACAAGACGACUUCUCAAAUCAUCCAACGGGCGUGCAUGAUCAUAUUUCUCGAUCUUAUGGAUAUAAUGACUUCUCCGACUUCAAGAGGCCCGAUUACUACAUCCGGUAUAUCGAGCCUCUGGAGAGUGAACUGGCUGAGCAAGUCGAGUAUGACAUGGACGAGCAAGACUUUGAAUGGCUCGAGGCAGUGAAUACGGAGCGCAAAAAACUUCAGCAGGACACUGCGUCUUGCGAGGUGUUCGAAAUUGUCAUGGAUCGGCUGGAGAAGGAAUGGUUCGACUUGACCAAGAACAUCCCGAAACCUGAUCUGGCGCUCCCAUCGGAAGAUUCGACCUGUGCUAUUUGUGAUGACUCCGAAGGAGAGAAUACGAAUGCCAUCGUCUUCUGUGACGGGUGCAACUUGGCAGUUCAUCAAGAUUGCUAUGGUGUACCGUAUAUCCCUGAGGGGCAAUGGCUUUGUCGGAAGUGUACCGUCUCCCCGGAAAAUCCAGUCACCUGUGUAUUGUGUCCCAACGAAGGUGGUGCAUUCAAGCAGACUGUCCACGGAGACUGGGUGCAUCUCCUCUGCGCAAUCUGGGUUCCUGAGACUCGGGUUGCAAAUGAGGUGUUCAUGGAACCGAUCACAGGUAUUGAAAAGAUAUCAAAGCAGAGGUGGCGACUGAGAUGUUCGGUCUGCGACAUCAGAGAAGGCGCAUGUAUUCAAUGCACGAAGCCGUCUUGCUUUCAAGCUUUCCACGCAACAUGUGCAAGGAAAGAGAAGCUCUUGAUGCCGAUGAAAUCCUCUCAAGGCUCGGAGGCUCCGUCGCUUGCUUGUUAUUGCGAGAAGCAUUUACCCAGAGAGCAGCAGGAAGGUCGUGUAGUAGCUCUUGCCGCUGAACGCGCUGAGGCGGAUAAGACUGAUGACACAAGUCCCAGUCUGAAGUCGUCCAAGACAGCCCGUGCGUACGCUAAGACAUACAAGCCCGGUCCACCACUUGUUCCGCAUAUCAUUGUGGAACAUGUUCUGCAGUAUAUCGGGAAGGUGAACCUGCGAGCGAAGCGGGACUUUGCGCUUUUAGUGUGCAAAUACUGGAGUCUGAAGCGGGAGGCUCGCAGGGGCGCUGCUUUCCUGAAGAGAUUGCAUUUGGAGCCCUGGACCGCGUCGUCGGGAGGUCGACAGCAGACUGACGAGGAGAAGGCGAUCAAGCUUGAGUUCAUGAGACGCCUGAGAGUCGACCUCGAUCAAGUCCGGAUGAUAGCGGAACUCUGUCGGAAGCGCGAGAGCCACAAGCUGGAUAUCGCAGAGAUCAUUCAGCAUGUAUUCGACAGGUUCCUAUUCGCGCACGAGCCUCCGCUUCGAAUGGCGUUCGAAAAGAUCAUGGGCGCCGACCGUCAGGAAUUUUUCAAGAAUCCCGUGUCUAAGGUGGACGUUCCCGACUAUUAUGAUAUCAUCAAGAGACCCAUGACAUGGAGCAUCAUUGGAGACAAGCUGGAUAGGCAUGAAUAUCUCGAUUUGCAGGAGUUCAAGAAUGAUAUUAAUCUUAUCGUGACCAAUGCAAUGACCUACAACCAACCUGGAACAUCAUUUUACAAGACUGCUCAGAAGAUUCAAACUGUCGCAGAACCCAUAUUGGCUGACUUAGACAAGAUCUCGUCACUUCGCCCUACGCCGGAACAGUUGCCCUCGGAGCUUCAAGAACAGCCCCCACAACAGCUGCAAAAGCAAUUGCCGGAGCACCUGCGAGAACAUUCACAAGAGCACCUGCAAGAACAGAAUGAUGAACACCCCGAGAAGCGACCACAGGGUCCGGAACUGGAUUGCAUCGAAGAAGGCGUCCCUGCUCCAACAGGCGACUUGGAACCACCUAUAGAGCUGCUCGAUAUGCUAGUCUCAGAAGCUUCAAUUACAGACGACAUUGAGUUGAUUCUGGACAAGGAGCCGCUAGCCGCUCUCCUUACCUACGAGCUGCCAAGAAUGAAGCCACCCCCACCGCUCCCACCACCGAAGCCCAAGCGCGAUCGCAAGGCGGACCUUGCGCGCAAGCGCCAGGAGCGGCUCGAUUCUGCGCCUGGCUUCCGGGCACCGAGGACCCGACGUGCGUCUGCCACGAACGCGCAGUUCGAGGGGGAGACGGAGACGGAGGUUCACGUUCCCACACAGCCCGAGGCGGGCCCGUCGAGCGAGGCGGCUGCGUCGGAGCUGUCGUCGAGGGAGAAGUCGAGCAGGAAGCCAGGGCGGCGUGGCCCACUACAUGUCCCUGGCAACCAGCCUGCGCCAGUCAUGGAAUCGGUGGACGACCGAGACUCGUUCAGCCUGUUUGAUAAGGGCUGGAUCCUGCCGGAUGACCAGCGACGGGGGAAUAGGCAAAGGCAGCAGCGCUCGCCGCUUCCGCCGAAGAAGAAGUCAAAGAAAGCCUCCACGCGGGAGAAGUCUCUGCUGGCUACGUUCAACACCGCGGAGGCCGAGAACGAGACGCUGCAAGCUACCCCGCUGACUGAUUUCACUACUUUGCCGGAAGGGCAUCUACUUCACACUGAGCAUGACGCAGCACCGGAAAGUACGGGACACGUCCCAGCGGAGACGGUUGAAGAAACACAGGUUGAGCCAGUCGAGCAAGCGCAAGGCGAACUUGUAGCGAAAGCUCCGGUCCAAUCUGUUGAGAAUGCUCCAGCUGAACCUAUCGAAGAGAGGCCAGAUGAAGCCGAUGCGGGCGUGCAUGCUGAAGCUGCUGUGGAAGUCCCAGCUGAACCUAUCGCGGAACUGCCGGUUGAAUAUCCUGCGGAACUGCCAGCUAAACCCGUUGUAGAACUCCCAUCUGAACCUGUUCAGGGAACGCUGGCUGAACAGGUCAAAGCACCCGCCACUGAAGGACCAGCGAUGUCACCGCUUUCAGAUACUCAGGCUUUUGCAAAGCCUGCCACUUGGCCUGUUGAUGAGCCUUCGCUGGUCGACGAGAGGUCUGCCGUAGAAGUGGGUGAAGAAUCCACGGAGGAGGUAGCCAAGGAAUAUAUGAGUCGACCUGUGGAGGAACUACCGAGGCUGCCUGCGGAAAAUCCCGCAGAAGUGCCCAUGGGAGAAUCUGGUAUACCUGCGGUGGAACCCGCGAAGGCGCCCAUGGACGUUCCCACCGCAAAUGACGCUGUCAAGCAGAGGAAGGGCAAGAGCAAGAGGCGUGAUGAAGCGCCUGUUCGCAUCAUCAUCAUAGAAGAACUCGAUACCCCCGCUAUUCGUAGACAGAAAUACAAGAAGAGGAAGGCGGAGAGGGAGAGACUCGCUGCCGAGGCCGCAGCGGCAGCAGCACUCGACGCUCAGCGAACCACACAGAUUUCCCAAACUUCGGAGGAGACCGUUGGUGACGUAGAGAUGGCGAACGCUGACGGAGGUGCAUCAGAACUCUCUUCUCUCAGCGAUCUCAGUGACGCAGAAGGUAGAAAGUCGCCCGUGAGAGUAAAGGAGUCCAUCGUACAAACACCGACCUCGGGUCCAAGGCAACAAAUUGAUGAAUCGAAUCCUUUGACUCCUGUCAUAGCGAAGGCGAGCACCGCUCUCGGUGCCAUAUCGCUGCCGGAGGGCCACUAUCUCGAAGGAGGCACGCUUGUGUGGGCCAAAGCAAGAACCUUCCCAUGGUGGCCCGCUGUUGUUUUUGAGCCGGAUGACAUCACAAUCCCAGACUACGUAUCGCGUACUCCUCCUCAGCUCAAAGAGCACGAGAAAGGCCCAGUUAAUCUUGUGCAAUUUUAUGAUUCAAGGAAGACAUGGCAAUGGGUCACACUGGAGAAGCUCAAACUACUCGGCGAAGACAGUAGUCUUGACCAGGAGAUGCUGGCGAACAAGUCUAGAUUCCAGAACUGGAAGACGCCAAAGCACAAGCAGAUGUGUAGGGACGCAUACAGGUGCGUCCGUCUUCGAGGUUUUGGUCCCAUUCGGCUCGUACUGAGUUGA